AUGUAUGAGAGGGAAGAAAGUCCGAACUCAAGUAUGAGUUUCCAACAAAGACGCCUCUUGAGAAGCGUUUCAAAAGCAAUGCUGAAGCAAUCUCUAUACUAUUUAAGUAAUUUUUUCAUGACAAAUCCCUUUCAUUAUACUAAAAUAAAUCACAUUUUUACUAUAAAAUGGAUCUAUCAUUCUAAAACCAUAAAAGACUCAAUAAAGAAUAUUUGAGCUUUGGCAUGAAGACUUUCGGAAAACCGAUACCUGUUUCGAGCAGCUUAAAAUAUCAGAGAUUUCCUGCUCAUUGCUCUCAAUGAUAGGAUUUGGCAGCUCUGCAAUUCUUUAUGACCUUUCUUAUGAUGAUUAUACUGCUAAUGAAAAAUCAUUUGUAAUUGACUGUUUAUAUUUCAUAUGCUCUAUCAGCACGCUGCUCCUUCUCUUUGAGAUCAUAUGAAGGACAAUUAAAGAACACAGAUGAGAGCAAGCGAAAGGGAUUUUUACGGCAUCUGACACAAUUGUCACGUCUGGCCGGAUAUAUUGGCUUAUUUUCGAAAUUAUGCUAAAUUGUAUACACCCAAUAUGAUUUCUUGGAGAUGAAACAUUUAGCUAUUAUAAUGCCAAAUACAACGUGAUGAUUGCGUAUUCUUAUAAUUCUAUAUUCACAAUUAUAUGUGCACUUAGGAUUUAUUCUAUUUAUCAUAAAAAUGGCUUUAAAUAAUAUUUUCAGAUUUUUUCUAUAUUUAUUUUAUAGAAAAAUAUCAUUUAAUUAGGCUUUUUUCAGUGUUUUCGAAAUAUAGGUCAGGCAGAUCUCAAAGAGUAAAUCAUCUGAACGGCUCAUAUCCAGGGAUUUCUUUUACAGUAAAAUCAUUAAUGAACCAGUCUCCGACUUAUGGAUUUGUGUCGAUGCUUAUGAUUGGGAUACUAGUAUCAGGGUUUUGGAUAAGGAUACUAGAAAGGCCUAUACAAAGUGAAAGCAAGUUUGAAUUUUCUGACUAUGGAAAUUGCUUUUGGUAUGUCGCUAUUACAAUGACGACGGUAGGGUAUGGGGACAUCUACCCUACAACGCUUCCUGGAAGAAUUGUAGGGUCUCUUUCGUGCAUUUGAGGAAUCCUUUCGGUGUCAAUGAUGAUCGUAACAUUGACACAAGCGCUAGAAUUCGAAUCUGGCCAAGAAAAAGCGUGAAUUUUACUGUCUAGAUUGAAUUUUAAAAAGAAAUUGCAAGAGCAGGCUGCAAGUGUAAUUGCAAAUGCAUUUAGAUACAAAUUGUAUGUAAAAAAGAGGGAAAUUGAAAAAGAAGUCAGAGAUUUGCAGUUGGGAAAAGUAAAAAAAGAGAUAUAUAAAUUCCAAAGGUUACCCUAUUCCAAUUAAUUUUUCUAUUUUUUUACAAAUUAAUGCCUAUUUUCUAUUUAAAAACAAAAUUUUAUUUUAUUAAAAAUCUACAAAAAUUAUCCCAAAAAAUAUAACGAUGACCCCCCCUCAAUCUUCAUGUCUAUUGCAACAAAAAUUUUUCGAAAAAAUUUUCAUGCCUACUGCAACACAGCAUUUUUAUAAAAAAGAAUUAAUGCAUUUUUCUCUAGGUGAGUUUCUCAAAAACCCCAUAAAACAGCGCUGCUGUAGGCGUCUCAAUGACCUACGGGUAAUUGGAGUAGCUUGAUUCAAGGAUCAGCUCCUUAGAGUCUAUCGGAUGUCAAAGUACCUUCCUUCGACAGCUACACGAAAAAGACUGUUCCCCUGUGGCCUGGGCAAAAACUCCAGUUUCUUGUAGAGGAAUGCACAUGGGUCCUCGCAUCAAAAGGACGUUGUUGAGCGCAUCUAUUUCCAACCACAGGAAAGCAGCCAAAACCUGCCCGGAUAUACACUUCUUGAGCCUGCGUCUGAUUCUCGGCUCGGGUCCGUCCCAGUUCGCAUUAGCCAUAAGGUCUGGAAUGCUGCGCCAAGAGGGCAGGCUGGCACGUGUCGCCACUUUAAUAUAUAUAAUUUGUUGCAAGAGACAUGAAAAUUAUUAUUUUUUUUAUAUAAAAUUUUAUAUUAAAAAAUUGCAUUUUUGUUGCAAUAGACAUGAAGAUUGAAGGGGGGGUCAUCGUUAAGAUUUAAACAAAGAGCUAUGUAUGGCAUAGAUUCUCCAAGAGAUCGCUUGGAUAAAAAAAUGAAUCAAAUCUUAAAAGAACAUAUAGAAAUAAAAGCAUAUCUAUUCAGUAUCUGCAAUACUCUAAGAAAAAUUAGAGACAAAACCCAAGAAUCUGAAACUUAG